UUGGUAGCAGCUUGUUUAUAGUAGCUACUUAAGUCACAAGGUCUGCGUUGUACAGCUCAUUCAUUUCAAACCAAUGGACUGUUGCAUUGUAUCCGCAUUGUGGUGUUUUAUACCACUUUAUUUACUCAUUCACUUCUUGUGUUUCAUUUUCGUGGAUGCAGACUUCACCCUGUUGUGGGCAAGUGUGAUAGGACACAGGCCAGAAAGCAAGCUGAAAGGACUGGUGGUGUGGGUCACUGGAGCCUCCAGUGGUAUUGGAGAGGAGCUGGCCUACCAGUUGGCAAAGUGUGGGUCACGUCUCAUCCUGUCCGCUCGACGCGAGGAUGAGCUGAAUAGGGUGAAACGUCACUGUUUAGAUUACGCUGGUCUCCAUGAUGAAGAUAUUCUUGUUCUUCCACUUGAUUUGUUGGAGAGGACAUCACAUGAGGAAAAAACCAAAGCUGCAAUCCAAUACUUUGGACAUAUCGAUAUCCUAAUUAACAAUGGUGGCCGAAGCCAGCGCUCUCUGUGCUUGGAGACCAGUGUUGACGUGUACCAGGCCUUGAUGGAGCUCAAUUUCUUGGGUACAGUCUCCAUCACCAAGCAGGUCUUACCUCACAUGACACAGCGAGGAACUGGGAGCAUUGUGACUGUAAGCAGUGUGGUUGGCCUUGCUGGGGCGCCCCUGGCAACAGGAUACUCUGCCAGCAAACAUGCUCUGCAGGGUUUCUUUAAUUCCCUUCGAACUGAGCUGACUGACUAUCCAAACCUACUCAUCAGCACAGUGUGUCCGGGGCCUGUGCAGUCACAAAUUGUCCACAAUGCCUUUACAGAAGAGCUGAACAAGCCUGUGGCCAUAGCUGGUAACCAGGAACACAAGAUGCCAACAAGUCGCUGUGUGCGUUUAAUGCUGGUGGGAAUUGCCAACAAUGUCAAGGAAAUGUGGAUCGCACAGCAGCCCUUCCUUCUGUUUUACUACGCCUGGCAGUACACUCCCACAUUUGCCUGGUUCAUCACAAACAUGUUGGGCAGGAAAAGGGUGCAGAAUUUCAAAGCUGGUGUGGAUGCAGAUUCUGCAUACUUCACUAAGCCUAAGACCUCCUGAAAGUCUCAUCUGGAAGAGGAAACUUGUUCACUGCAUUCCUAAUGUCUGACCUGAAUUUUGAAAGGGGUUUCCUGUUAAAUCUUUGGGAUUUUCACCUUCAUUUAGAAGGGAAAAAAUGUAAGCUCACAACUGCUUUGAAAGCUUGGAGCUCUCCUCCCAAAUCAUGGCAGUGUCUGACAAACAUGGAUACAUUUUUGUUCUGUUAUGCUUUCAUCUCAAAACUCAAUAAGUAAAUCCUGUAUUUAAUGUGUAUUUGUAACAAGCAUCUUCAGAUUAUGUGAAUUUCUGGCACAGGGCCUAUAUGAAUUUAUGAAACUAGGGCUAAUGACUACAUGUAAGACUGAUGAGGUACUUGCACUAACCUUUUGAAUGGCUAAUAAAACUUAGUUUGGAUCAGUCUUCUGCCCUGGCAAGUUUGUACAGUUAAAUGCAACAAAACUGCUUCUGCCAAGCUAUUUUAUUAUAAGUAUAUACAGUUACACAUAUAAAAAUCAACAAUAUGUACAAGAGACUAUGGACAUAAUCAUUUAACUCUUUGUUCUAAAUUGUAAACAAGUGAAUUGUAAACAAAACAACAGCACUAAACACCUUACGCAUACAGCAAGACAUACCCAAGGCACAUCCUUGAUAUCUUCAACAAAACAUUAAAAUUCUUGUCCCUUUUUUGUGGACGUGGAGAGGAAAUUACCUGAAAACUGUGAAAUCUAAAAAGUACAAUAAAAUCAGAGGUAUUCGGCAGGUGUCUGCUAAAGGGGAGGUGGGGAAAUAUAUUCACUUUUCUUUGAAAGCACAAUCAUUAAUAAAGAAACCACAAAAUGUAUGUGCUUCAAUGGAAACCUAUCAGUGGUCAACUCUUUCAUGAUACAAAUGUUCAAAGGGAACUUUUCUUUUUGAGUGUGCUGUUGUAGAAAGUAGUCCAUGUUGCCAGUUAAAAUCUGUUAACAUGAUUAUGCAACUUCCACAAGAGUACAGUGGUGAUGCCACUGCUUCUUCCUCUGAGAUGCAGGAAAUGAAGCACCAAAAAAAGUCAAAUUAAUGUUGAAAAACAAUGUAGGUUCCCAUUCAGACAUCACUCUUCUGAACUCAUGAGUCAACAGCUUCAAAAGUAAAACUUCAAAACUGAUUGAAGUUUUCUCUUUGUUUUGCUAUAGUUUCCACAUAAAUUUCCUAAUAACCACUAACUUUGGAAAUUGAUGUUUUGCUGUGGGAGUACCGACUGAAAAAUACGC